AUGCCGGUGGUACAAGAAAUACAGUUUUCUGGUGAUGAUGAAGACAAUAUUAAAGAAAUUUUUUCAAAUUUUGUUCAUGUAUACCCCAGUGCAAAGAGUGUUUCGGAUGGUAGAGAUGUUUCAGCCAGCAGGAAGAUUAGCAUUCAACCUGCUGUAAAGUACUUUUGGGAGUAUCAGUACUAUGCUACAAGGCUUAUCUCAAGGCAUUGUGCGAGUUCACUCAUUGCAUACGCUAUUAAACAUGUUAAGAAGUCAAACUCUGAAGAAGACACACGCUCUGGUAUGGUCCGGCUCUUAAAUACAGAAAACAGGGAAAAAGUUACUCCUACGUUCUUUCGUGGGCCGUAUCGUUAG